AUGGCUAAACUCAAGAUUGGUGAACUUCGGAUCACGAAUCCGACCAUGAGGACUUUCGACCUCGAGGCCACCGUGAUUGUCGACGAGUGGCUGGGAGACCUUGACUGGACCAGCCAUCUAACCGUCUCCCUCUCCUAUCAACCGCGCCUCAUAGGCAAGGCAACUCUCUGCGACACCUAUUUUAUUCCAGACAAUAGAAAAAAAGUCUCAAUAAAGUUUGAGGGUUUCGACAUUCGCAACAUGGGGCUUACCAUUGCUGGACGCGGUGUGGAUGAAGCCCACGAGCUAUCUCUAGACAUUGAACUCAGCGGUAUAUCGAAGACUUCGGUAGAAGACUUCUCUAUUCAAGUGGCGGAGAAGACUGUCAUCCUAGACUUCAACAUAUCAAGCUCAAACCCGGUUAAACUCGAUUUCGGAGACUGUGUUUUCUCCCUUGAGCAAGGUGGUGAGACUCUGGCUAUCCUGGAGGGCUACUUCAGAAUUGAGCCCAACGAAGCAGUAAUUGCACUGAUGGGCGAUGCCAUGUAUGCUGAUGCCAGAUACUGCGGAUUUGCAACUUUGAAGGGAGUCAGAGUGCUUGAGGAAAUAGUGGCUCUAAUAAGCGGCAGUGAAUUGUAUCGGGAAUGCUUUCUGAAGGCAAGAGGCAGAAAUCCGAGCGGUGAAGAAGCACCAGGCAGAAGCGCUCUGCCGGCUGUCAAGUGA